CCUGCUCUUUGAGUGUAGCAAGAUAACCGGAAUGCUGUUCGCUAUUGGCCUGGAGCUCCUCCACUGUGAUGUCACCAGAAAGGUACCUAAUCAGGUUUUUCCUUCCAUGUUCUUGCUCAAACAGUGGAAUCUUCUGCACUAAACUGAGUAUGAUGUCACAGACGCUUAUCUCUCCAAGGAAACAGGAGGUGGUGGACAUCAUGCUGCUGGCGAGGUUAUGUUUAAACCCAAUUGGCUCCUUUUUUAACAGGCUCUGAGCUAUUCUGAACUCAGAGAGAGAACAACAUGCCAGUAUUGUACGUUCCCCAAAGUUCUCUGUGGCUGCAUUUUGUGAGGUCGCGAGAUCCAGACUGGCUAGCAAUUCACAUUUAUAUGCUUGAGCUAAAGUGUCAGCGAUGGCAAAGUUUGUCUUAUCCUUCUUUUUUGCAGUUUUGGCCCAUUUCAGUGCUUCAGAGCUGUUCUUCCGCUCGAUGUAGAACAGUGCUCGAAGUUGAAAAACGAAGGCACUGCUCUCAAAUCUCUCUGAGGCCUUAGUCAGCAAGUCCUCCACAGACCCUGGGGUUUCCUUCAUCAAGAUCUCCAUGAGUGACGUGUGACACGGAUGAUGCGGACGAAGUCGAGGUUGCCAUAGACAACGCUGCAUUUAUGGAUGAGUUCUUCUCCCAGAUUGAAGAGAUCAGGACGAGCAUCGACAAGAUAGAUGAGAAUGUAGCUGAAGUCAAGAAGCUCUACUCUGUCAUUCUCUCAGCCCCAACGUCAGAUCAGAAAACGCAGGAUGACUUGGAAGCCGUCACCAUCGACAUCAAAAAACUGGCCAACAACGCUCGCAACAAAUUAAAAAGUAUCGAGCGAAAUCUGGAGACGAAUGAGGAGAGAGUGUCGGCCGACAUGCGUAUCCGAAAAUCUCAGCAUGCCGUUCUGUCCAGGAAGUUUGUGGAGGUGAUGACCAAGUACAAUGAGGCUCAGGUGGACUUCAGGGAGAGGAGCAAAGGCCGGAUCCAGAGGCAGCUGGAGAUCACUGGUAAAACUACAACUGAUGAAGAGCUGGAGGAAAUGCUGGAAGGGGGAAAUGCAGCAGUUUUCACUGCAGGGAUCAUGGACUCGGGCAUCUCCAAGCAGGCGCUGAGCGAGAUCGAGGCUCGGCACAAAGACAUUGUGCGGCUGGAGAGCAGCAUCAAGGAGCUGCAUGACAUGUUUGUGGACAUCGCCAUGCUGGUGGAGAACCAGGGUGGCAUGAUUGACAGGAUCGAGAGCAAUAUGGACCAAUCAGUGGGCUUUGUGGAGCGGGCGGUGGCUGACACAAAGAAAGCGGUCAAGUUCCAGGCAGAAGCUCGCCGGAAGAAAAUGAUGAUCAUGUUGUGCUGUGUGAUUCUGGUCAUCAUCCUUGUCUCUGUGGUGUACAGCUUCGUCACAUAGAAACCUGCAGGGAUUCAGAAGUCCCCUGCAUCCUGCCUGGAUUACAAGAACAAUAAUUUCAUUGAGAAAUGAGUAAUACACCAUUAGAAGAGAGAGAGAGACAUGCCUAUCUGUCUGUAAUUUCUCUCUUUCUCCUUUGAAAUUCAGUCACUCACCUUGACCAUCUCUUACCUUAUCUCCCCUCCAGAAUGGACAUUGGUUCUCGAUGUUAAAGACAGGAAUCGCACCACGUAGUUUAUAAAUAAAUUAUGACCGAACUCACAUCCUCAACAAAAAUACACAGAGAUGCCGUAGUGUUGUUUUUUUAAGGUAAUUUAGCGACAGUGGUGAUGAUGGACCUUUGUAUUUGAAAGAUUUGCGCGAAACAGCGUCCUCCACUGUAUUCAGGACAUUGUUUGAAUAACAAGUCGCCACAAGAUUCAACCUUUCUUUUGUUACGAGUUUGCUAUUUGCAGAGAGAUGAACACACACGAUGCUGUUGACGUUAAAGCCAAGAUGAGACUCAGCCCCAGGGAUGCUCUUAAACUUCCACAGUCAUAGUUAACUGCGCUGACUAGCUACAUUUAUCAGCAUUGCAAGGGUUAAUAGAGAAAUGAACAGACAUCUCUGUGUGUGUAAGUUUGUGUGCGUUCAUUCCCCUAUAUAGGCUAGCCAUUCAUUUGUAGCGCUGUCAUAGGUAGAAUGUUUAUACCGGCCUUUUUAUUUUAUUAUGUACAUGUAUGUUUCUGUAGCGAUGUCUUUCUGCUGAUGAUCCUUGUUAAAAAUUAAAAAAAAUCCACUUUGA